AUGGGUCGUCUUCACAGCAACGGAAAGGGCAUUUCGUCCUCCGCGCUCCCCUACUCGCGCACCGCGCCUGCGUGGCUCAAGACCACCCCCGAGCAGGUCGUCGACCAGAUCUGCAAGCUCGCCAAGAAGGGCGCGACUCCCUCGCAGAUUGGUGUCAUUCUCCGUGACUCCCACGGCGUUGCCCAGGUCAAGAUCGUGACCGGUAACAAGAUUCUCCGGAUCCUGAAGAGCAACGGCCUUGCCCCCGAUAUCCCGGAGGACCUGUACAUGCUCAUCAAGAAGGCUGUCGCCGUCCGCAAGCACCUUGAGCGUAACCGCAAGGACAAGGACUCCAAGUUCCGCCUCAUUCUCAUUGAGUCGCGUAUCCACCGUCUGGCCCGUUACUACAAGACCGUCGGUGUCCUCCCCCCCACCUGGAAGUACGAGUCCUCGACUGCCAGCACUCUCGUCGCCUAA